AUGCUAUCGUCAUCAUCAAUGAAUACAGAUCAACAAAACAAAUCUACCACUUCCCUUGUGGAUGAAAUGGCACAACUCGAUAAAAACUAUGAAAAUGCUUUGAAAAUUUUGGAUUCUCUCAUUGCAAGGAAAGUAACUUCCGAUGUUGGAGGUCAGGAACAAAAUCUUGAAAUUACAACCAAUUGCUUAAAGAGGAUUGGCGUUGACAUCACAAAACUACCCAUGAUUCAUGUAGCAGGUACGAAAGGAAAGGGAAGUACCUGUGCAUUUUGUGAAACUAUUUUACGAAAGAAUGGAUUGAAAACUGGGCUUUUCACAUCGCCUCACUUGAUUGAUAUUCGGGAACGUAUUCGUAUCAAUGGGGCUCCAGUGUCAACUGAAUUAUUUGGAUCUGCAUUUUGGGAGUGUUAUGACAAGCUCUGUCAAUCGUCACUUGGAGGUGAGAAAGACCUCAUCGCUAAAACAACCUAUUUUCGAUUAUUGGUUGUCCUUGCAUUUAAGAUUUUCGUUGAUGCAGGUGUGGAUGUGGCUAUUAUUGAAGUUGGAAUAGGAGGACGAUAUGACGCUACAAAUAUUAUUCAUCCUGUUGUGUGUGGAAUUAGUUCAAUUGGGUAUGACCACAUGGAAAUUUUAGGAAAUAGCCUUUAUGAAAUUGCCAUGCAAAAAGCAGGUAUCAUGAAAAAACAUGUUCCAUGUAUUACAUAUCCUCAGAGAGAGGAAGCUAUGGAUGCCUUUGUCAAGUCGUCACAGGUAUCAGGGUCUCCGCUCUACAUGUGUCCAUCGAUUGAGGACUAUGAGCGGGUUUUGAGCGAGGAUGGAAAAAUUCAAAGAUUAGAAUUAGGAUUGAAAGGAGAACAUCAACGAUGGAAUGCAUCAUUGGCCAUAGCUUUAGCAUUUGCAUUUAUGGAACGAACAAAUAGGCAUGAAAAAUUGGAAAUUCCUUCCUUUUCACCUCUUGAAGAGAGUAUUGUGAUUGAGAAAUUUAAAAACAAAUUGAGAGGAGAAGAUUUGUCGUCGUCUCAAUCGUCUUCCAAGUCAUCAAAAAGUCUUUCAAACAUUCCAUCCUCUCUCUUGAAUUCCAACAUGUCACACAUUCAUAACACUCAACAUGUAGAGACGUUUUUACCGUUCCACCUCCCAGAGGCCUACAUCAAUGGGUUGAGAGAAUGCAAGUGGCCUGGUAGAUGUCAGGUACUCUCUUUCCCAGGUCUCAGUUUUUAUAUUGAUGGAGCCCACACCGAUGAAAGCUUGGAUUUGUGUCGAAAAUGGUUUGUGAGUUGCAUGGAAAAGAAUCAAGUGAGUCAAGAACUCGACGAUCAUUACUAUUUUUCAAGUGACAAUGAAGAAAAUGCAUUAUUGACAACAGAACGACGAAAGCAAGCCCAAAAUGCGGCUACCACCAGUACUCAUAAGAAAGUACUUGUUUUCAAUUAUACAGGACCAAGAGAUCCCAAAAAGUUGCUGACACCUCUCUCGAAAUCUAGCGAUUUAUUUGACUAUGUCAUCUUUUGCCCAACAGACUCUGUGAAAAACAGUCUUAACAAGCAUCAUACAAGCAUUUCAAAACAAGAAGAAGAAAAAUUGAAUCUGUUAAGACAAACUUGGAUUGAUUUGACAAACAAAAGUGAUAACAUUCUUCUUUUCCACUCCAUCAAUGAAGUACUAGAGUUUUUAUGGGACAUGAAAUCCGAGAAGGUUUCAGUUUUGGCCACAGGUUCCAUUUAUUUAAUUGGAGAUUUCAGUAGAAAAUUACACAAGAUUUACAAAGCCAUCUCGAAACGUGACAACAAGUAA